GUUGGGUUGGAACCUGGAGCCGGAGCGCGUGAGUGGACAGAACCGGCAGUUGUAAGUGCUGGCGGCGCGUGGCUAUGGAGGGUACCGGCAGCAAUUGGCUUUACCCCACCACACUGCUGUGUGUCUGCGGCUUCUUCUCCAAUGUCCGGCCCUCUGAACCUUUCCUCACCCCUUACCUGAUGGGACCUGACAAAAACCUGACGGAGCAGCAGGUGAAUGAGAUUUUUCCAGUUUGGACUUACUCCUACCUCGUGCUUUUGUUUCCCAUCUUUCUGGCUACUGAUUACCUCCGAUACAAGCCCAUCAUCGUUUUACAAGGUGUAGCUUUGAUCGCUACCUGGUUGAUGCUGUUGUAUGCUCAAGGACUACUGGCAAUGAAGUUUCUCGAAUUCUUCUAUGGAAUGGUAACUGCAUCAGAGGUGGCUUAUUACUCCUAUAUCUACUCUGUAGUGGACUUUAACAUGUACCAAAAAGUAACUGGAUACUGUCGCUGUGCUACUUUGGUAGGGUACACAGUAGGAUCGAUUACCGGACAAAUCCUGGUCUCGUUUGCUGAGGUGUCCCUCUUCCACCUCAAUGUUAUUUCUUUGGUCUGUGUAGCAAUUAGUUUUGCUACAUCAGUGUUUCUCCCAAUGCCACAGAAGAGCAUGUUCUUUCACAGAGUGAAAGCAGACUAUAAUGGAUUCAAAAUCAAACAUGACGGCUCAAUGUCAGAAGAAGAACUUGAAUCAGCAUCAACGACGCCACUAAACCAUGGCCUUGAUAAUGCUAACAGCAUGUUAAAUGACCAUCUGCCAGAACCAAUGGAUAGCAGCUCAUACACCAAUGAAAUUAUGAAUAAAAAGCCUUUCAAAAGAAUAUGCAUUGUUCUUGUAAUGUUAUGGAAGACUUUUCUGCAGUGUUAUUCUUCCUGGCCACUACUCUGCUGGUCAGCAUGGUGGGCAUUAUCAACUUGUGGCUACUUUCAAAUAGUGAAUUAUAUUCAAGUCUUGUGGGAGCGAAUACGUCCUUUCCAGAGUUCCCAGAUUUACAAUGGAAUAGUGGAAGCAGCAUCUGCACUUUUGGGUGCUGUGGCAGCAUUUGUUGUUGGUUAUGUCAAAAUAUCGUCCAUCUGGAGUGAAGUUGCACUCUUGGUCUUUUCUCUUGUUGUUGCUGUUUCAGUGUUCCUGAUGGACACGCUCCAAAACAUCUGGGUGUGCUACAUCUGUUAUAUUGUUUUCAGAAUUAUUUACAUGAUGCUUAUUACUGUAGCAACAUUUAAGAUUGCUGCAAAUCUCAGUGUGGAACUGUAUGCUUUGGUGUUUGGUGUGAAUACAUUUGUCGCCUUAGUUCUUCAGACACUGUUGACUUUGAUUGUGGUGGAAUCUAGUCUGCUGAAUUUGGACAUAUUUGGACAGUUUCUGGCAUAUUCAGUUUACUUUGGUAUAGUUGCUGUGUUGUUCCUGAUCUUUGGUGUAUGUAACAUUGUGAAGAAAUACAGAGAAAAGCCAAGACCACAUGAAAACGUCUCUGGUUGUUUGGACUGCAGGAACGAAGUGACAUCAAAGAUAUCUUGAGCAGGCAUCAUUGAAUCAUACAAUGCCUACAGCAUGGAAGCAGGCCAUUUGGCCUAUUGAGUCACACCAAUCCUCCGAAGAGUGUACUACCUAGACACCGCUCUCCCACCCACUUUAACCCUGUAACCCCAAAUUUCCCAAUCCAACUCACCUGGCCUGCACAUUGCUCAACACCAUGGGCAAUUUAGCAUAGCCACUCUACUUAACCUGCACCUCUUUGGAAAUCAUGCUUGUAAUAAGACUAACUAAAGACCCAUUUUGAAAUGGGCCGUUUCAUAUUUGUACAGUUACAUGAUAUGAUUCAGUUCCUACAUUAACUGGAGUCAAACGAUUUGUUUAUUUUUGCACUAGAUCAUUAAUCAGAGAAAAGCAAUAUACUGUAGAUGCUAGAAAAUAAUCAAGAAAGGCUGGAGAAACUAUGAACAAACACAAAUUACUGGAAAAACUCAGUUGGUCUGGCAGCAUCUGUGGUGAGAAAGUAGAGUUAACUUUUUGGUCAAGUGACCCUCCUUCAGAACUGAUUGAAGCUAGAAAUAAAUUGACAUAUGCUGAUAUUGGAGUGGCGGAGAUGGAGGGGAAAAAGCUUAGAUGGAGAAGGAGCUCAGAGAGAGGGAGACAGACAAAGGAAUGGGUAAUGGUCAGCUUAGGAGAAACACAUGCUCAUCAGGACCAUUUAGUAGCUGACAAUGGAUUGGCCGUUGGGGUAAGAAUAUGGAGAAUAUACUCAAGCCCUAAAAUUAUUAAUCUCAAUAUUGAGUCCAGAAGACCAGGUCCACCAAUGUACAAUAAGGUGCUUUUCUUCCAGAUUCCACUGAGCAUCUCUGGAGCACUCAGCAAGCCUGAGACAAAGAUGUUGGCCAGAGAGCAGAGUAGUGUGUUGAAAUAACAGGCAACCAGAAGCUCAGGGUCAUUUUUGUGGAUAGAACAUAGGUGUUCUGCAAAGUGGUUGCCCAGUCUGCAUUUCAUCUCCUCCAUGUAGAAGAGAACACAUUGUGAGCAGCAAAUACAGUAGACUUGACUGAAUGAAGUGUAAGUAAAUUGCUCUUUCACCUGGAAGGUGAGUCUGGGUCCAUGGGAGGAAGUAAACAGGCAGGCAUUGAAACUUCUACAAGUGCAGGAGGAGUGGACCAAGGUCUCCCAGAGGGAAUGGUUCCUGCAGAAAGCUGAUUAAGGUAGGGUAAAUGAAUGUGGGUCUACUGAUGGCAUCAGGCUAGCGGUGGCGGAAAUGAAGGCUAAUGAUUUUUUGGAUGUGUAUGCUCUUUGGAUGUUCCUGUGGGAAGAAAGCGAGGGGGUGAGGGUAGAAAUGCAGGAGAUGGAUCGGACACGACUGAGGGUCCUGUCAAUCACAUUGAUGGGGAAUCCUCAGUUGAAGAAGGUGAACAUUUUGAUGCCAAAGUUGGCACCAUUGGGAUAGAAGAACUAGGAGAGUGGAAUGAGUCUUUACCGGAAGCAGAGUGUGAGGAGAUAUCAUUAAGGUAACUGUGGGAGUUGAUGACUUUCUAAUGGAAAUUGUCAGCUUAUCCCAGAUUGGAAACUGAUGUCAAAGAAGGGAAGGGAGGAGUCAGAAAUCGAUCCGGUGAAGGGGAGUGAGAUGGAAGUGAAAUUCAUUCAGUUUUCCAAUUCCGUGAAGAGAGGGAAGCAGCACUGAUUAUGUCAUCAAUACACUGGAGAAAGAGUUGCAGGUGAGAGCUGGAAUAGAAUUGGAACAAGGAAUGUUCCACCUAACUCACAAAGAGAUAGGCACAAUUGGGGCCCAUGCAGGUACCCAUGGCCACACUUUUGAUUUGAAGCAAGUUGGACAGGUUAAAGGAGAGGUUAUUCAAAAUGAGGACAAGCUCGAUUGGACGGAGGAGGGUAAUGCUGGUUGGGGAUGGUUCAGGCUUUUUUUUCCAGGAAGAAGCAGAGACCCUCUUGAUGGGGGAUGGACAUGCAAAGUAUUUGCAUGUCCAUAGUGAAAAGGAUGUGGCUGGAGCCUGUGAACUGGAAAUUCUGAAAUCGACUUAAGCAUGAGAAGAAUUGCAGAUGCAUAUGGGAAGGGACUGGAUGGGGGAGAAAAAUUGGAGUCAAGGUAGGAAGAGAUGAGUUCUGAGUGGCAGGUGCAGGUAGAAAUGAUAGGUCUGUCCAGGCAGUCAUCUUUGUGGCUUUAGAGUAAGAGUUGGAAGCCGACUGCAGAGUUGGGGUUUGUGAGCUUGGAGGCUUUCAGUGGGGUAUGGGGAGAAGAUCACCAAGAGGAAAUGAGAUUAAUGUCUAUUGUGGACAUAGUAGCCUGGUGUUCAGUGGUGGGGUCAUGGUCCAGGGAAAGCUAGGAGGAGAUAUGAGAACUGGUGCUUAGUCUUUUAUAAUGCAGAGGUCAAUCUACCAGACAAUAAUAGCACCACCAUAGUCAUAAGGCUUGAUUACAAAGUCAGGGUUGGAUUUGAGAGCACUGUGUGGUCAGUUCAGGGGGAUAUAGGUUGAAUGGAUAAGUUGGGUGUGGUGGGGUGGUGGCAGACAAAUUUAAGCAACCAAGGUCACUUCAACAGUUCAUAACAAACAGGCUGAGUGUUGGUAAAAUGCUGGAGGGAGAGUCUUGGUGGUGGACAAAGGGGUCUAUGAGACAGGGAGAAAACUCUUGUGCAUAGAAAUGGGGUGGAGGCAAAGGCAACAGAAGAACACUGUGGAGUGCAAUAUCUGAAGAAAAAUAUUGGUUUCAAUGUUAACUCUGUUUCUCUUUCCACUGAUACUAACAGACCCAUUCAAUUUUUCCAGUUGUAAAAAAAAUUUUGUUGUCAUUAACCAGAGAUUUCUAGACACGGCUCAUGUUCCUGAACUUUAAUUUCACCAGAAUUACAGCAGACGGUUUGUUUCUGCCCAAGCAGAGCUUCUGCUGAAAUUGGAAGUUUUGAUGACAGAGCGGGGACUGUUUGUUUCCUGUCUGUCUCUGGAUAAAUUAAAAUCCAGGCUGCAGACAUUUAUGGAAACUUCAUUCUAAUUUUUCUGAUAAUUAAUCCCAAUUUAGGCACUUUCACCUCCUCCAUUAAAUCAGAUACUAAAUCUGAGUAAUAUUGUCUGGGGCCAACUGAUUUUCUUCUUGCACUCCACAUCCUUGAUAAAUUAUGAUUCCUCAUUAAUGUUCUUGUCAUAUUUUAAUUUUUCCCACUAAACCUGAUUUAAUUUUUCUCAAAUGACAAAAGGUAAGACUGGAUUACAUGUGUGCAUUUCAUGCUUUGUGUACUUAGAAGCAAAUAUGUGGCCAUUUUGGAAGUUACAAUCAUAAGGAUUAAAAGAUUGGUAUUCUCUGUACUAUUCCAAUUAUAUGUAUCAGUACACUGAUACUGAAUCCAAGACCAUUACAUUAAAAAACAAUGGAGGGAAAAAGCAUUAUAUUGAAGAACUCUGGCUAUAACCUAAGCAUCGAACUGCACUGAUGUUUUCACUUCAGCUGGUGAGUCCAACUAUUCAUAGCUACCAGCAUCUUAAUAAUGGAUAGCAAAUUUGUGUUAUCCUUUUAGCAUGUCUAUAGACAGAAAUUUUGUUUUGAUAUUUUGGAAACCAAUAUAUAUCUAUGGUAUGUGGUCGUAUGGAAAUAUAGUGGAACUAAAAUGCACACUCAAUAAAGAAGGACAACUGCAAAAUACCGAUAUCAGUAGCUUUAAUUUUAUUAGUGGUACAACAAUCUGCCUGGCUGUAGUAGUAUUGUACAAUAGAACAGGCAAGGCCCAAUAAAGAGACUUGUAAAAGAAGGAAGUGGGGCAUUGAAAUUAAUUUUAUAGUUCUUUGAAAGAGGGCUAUCAUAUUUGAACAUAACUGCAGUGACACCAUAAAACCUUAAAAUAAAUAACACUAACUAUUGAAGUGAAAUGAAGAAUUUUUCUCUCAAUUAGCCUUUUUUGUUAGCUUGUUACAAGUUAGUUUUAAGUACAGUUAGAAAAUAUUAUUGAUUUUAAUGCCAUGUGUAAUUUAAUUGAGAUUGUGACAAAUACAGAUAGUAGCGCACGUGAUGGAAUAUGCCUUAUGAUGAAGAGAUUGUCUGAGACUUGAAGAGUUGUGACGCACUCUCCUUUUUUAAUGUUGCUGUUUAUUAUUUAUACCAUUAAGUGUAAAUAUUAUACUGGUGAUGUUGUGUACCUUUUAUCAUUGUUUAGAAGCUUUGGAAUGAGUUGCCAGUCUUUCAGAAGUACUUUUCUUUUUUGAUUGAUUGUGGAAGGAAAAUUUAGAAAUGGGAGAAGACAAGAGUUUGACCUAUUUCUUGAUCAAGUAUCAACUAAACUAAACACUGUUCAGAGAUGAGCUAUUUUGAGCAAUCAUCGGAAAUCUGAAGGGCAAUUCCCCACAUUUUUCCCAAUAAAACUAAUCUAAUUAGUGGCAAAAUCAAUGAAGAAAGCAUAAUAUAAGAUUAGGUAAUCAUAUCACAUACAUGCAUCAGGGUUUUUUUGUUCUUGGAUCUUUCUGCCGUUUUGCUAGGUUUGUUGUUGGAUUGGUUUAUGUUAUAUGGCUAGGAAACUUGUAAUUUAUUUGCCAAUAUUUAACAGGUGCCUAGUUUGCAUUCUUGAGUUUAAUCUAAUAGGUAUUGGAUAGAUAUCUAAUUUAUAUUCAGGCUAAUUCUGACUUAAAAUGAGAUUGUAGAUCUCUCAGAAAACUCAGCUGAUGUACUCAAAAGCCAGUUAAUAAAGUAAAACUCUGUUGCAUAGUAACUGUCCCAAAUAUUCAUGGAACACUAUUGAUAAGGGUUCAUCUUGAAUUAAUUGUAAUUCAUAAAAGAAUAGAGACCUUCACAAGAUCAGGAUAAAAUUAAGAUUAUUUGCCACAAUGUGAAUUCCUUUAAAGAAUAAGCAGAUUCUGUCUUUCUCCAUGUGGAAAUGAAAAACUCUUUCUCUCCCAAAUCUGUGUGCAUCCAUGUGCUAUGAACAGAGAAAUGAAACUUAAUCAGCUUUGAGAAGGAUGUUUAAAAGAAACACAGUAUUAGGUUUAGGAGACCAAUAACACUCACCCUGGGGGUGGCUUGAUGGCUUAGUGGUUAGCACUGCUGUCUCUCUCAGUGCUAGGGAUCCAGGUUUGAUUCCACCCUCAGGUGACUGUCUGCGUGGGGUUUGCACAUGCUCACCAUGUCUGUGAGAGUUUCCGCCCACAGUCCAAAAAUGUUCAGGUUGGGCAGAUUCGGCAUGCUAAAUUGUCCAUAGUGUCCAGGAAUGGACAGGCUAGGUGGAUUAGAUGUGGGAAGUGAAGGGUUACUGGGAUUGGGUAGGAUGCAACUUGGAGGGUCAGUAUGGACUUGACAGGCCAUUCGACCUAUCUCCACGCAGUAGAGAUUCUAUAAUUCAGUGUUGACAGCUUUUCAAUUUGAAAGGAGUAUUCUGCUGCAAUUUAAAAAAAAAACUUAAUGAUAAGACAGUCAAACGGGUUUGUGAUAAGAGGUUCAUGUCACUCAUACAAGUUUAUGUAUUAACAUAAAAUAAAGUGCAGUGCAAUCUUUAGCCCAUACAGAAAUAUCUGCUUGAAUCGAAUUUGCUUUGUACUAAUGAAACCGAUGUGUAUCAAACAGUUAAAUUGUUUUGUGAUUGAACCUAUUGUUUGUCUUUCUUUUUGUAAAAUAAGUAGUAUCAUGAAAUUCUACCUUCUCCCUUUUGAGCAACAACGCAAAUUCUAUUUUGUACGGAGGAAAAGCAAGGAAUGUGAGAAUUAUUUAAUUAAAAGAUGGUGAGGUAUUGAUUGAAUUAAGAGAGCCAUGGGGUUACUACAUUAUAAGAUUGUGCAGGUAGAACAUGUUAUUUUAAAUUGAAAAGUUGUUGCACUUUGGGAGAGGUGCAAAUUUUGACAAUUUUAUUAAUUUUGUGUAAUGGUAUUUUGCGUUGCUUAAAUAUAUAUUAUCAAAUAAAUGGUAAAAGUUAACUAUACACAAGGUUUCAUCUGAUGUCAACUUUUAAAGAAUGCACAGUGCUUAAAAUGUUUAUUUACGUUUAACAAACUUAAUGCAGUUAUAAUGCUUAGAAAUUAUAGAAUUCUUGCUUUCUACCCCUGAGAUUUAUACUCGCGUUCAGUGGGCCAGUUGAAAUAUUUUGAAAUAUUUGUAUUUUUGUAGUUAAA